AUGAUAAUAUUACCGUCUGUAAGGAAUUUGUUAUUCCUUUCUAGUAGGAAAAGUAUAAAGGUACUACCUGCUCGACAGUAUCUUCAAAACCUUACAUUUACAAGCACAAGACUCAACUUAAUACAUUCAACACCUUCAUCAUAUCUACUAAAAACUGCAUGCUUGUCACAAUUCAGAACGUAUGCCACUACACCUCUGUCUAAUUUACCCCCUUCUCAAGUUUUAGUGAAAUCACACCUCGAUGCAACUAAUUUGAAAAAGAAAGAGAUCAAACAGGAAAGAUUUGAAGAAUUUCAAAAACAAGAAAACAAAAAAACGUUUAAACAGAAUCUUCGAACCAUUGGAAGAAUUAUCAAAUUGGGGAAACCAGAUUGGAAAUUGUUUGUGUUAGCCAUUGGAUUUAUAUUAUGUGCGGUUUUAUACCCAACUACAGCCGUUAAAUUAGUGGGGUCAGUAUUAGAUUCAUUUAACAAUAACAUAAAAGAUAAAGAUGGCGAUUUAAUUGUCUGGGGAUAUAAAGUUUCUACUGUAUUUGCAGUAAUGAUACCGUUUAUGGCUGUUAGUGCCGUUUGCUUCUGGGCCAGAAUUUGGGUAUUGAAAUUAUUGGGAGAGAGAUUAGUAGCCAGAUUGCGUGCUAGAGUGAUGAAAAACUUAUUGCGUCAUGACCAAGAAUUCUUUGAUAAUGAUAAACACAAAGUUGGUGAUUUGAUCAGUAGAUUAUCGAGUGAUGCAUACAUUGUCAGUCGAUCAAUCACAUCUAACCUACCUGAUGGAUUGAAAAACUUAUUAUUUGGAUUGUUAAGUUCAUAUAUGAUGUAUCUGAUUAACCCGAUGCUAUUUGGAAUGAUGUUGUUAAUCUCACCUCCAAUAACAAUUGGUUCAGUAUUUUAUGGUGAGAAAAUCAGGAAAUUAUCGACCAAUUUACAAAAUGCCACUGCUGGGUUAACUAAAGUAUCUGAAGAAACUUUGAAUUCCAUAAAAUUAAUUAAUGCAUUUACUGGUGAGCAAAAGGAAUUAAGAAAAUAUUCUACGCGUUUGAGAAGGGUAGUUGAUGUUGCAAAACAAGAAGCAUUUGCUCAAUCAAACUAUUCAGUAUCUAUUUAUUCAUUGUACCACACUGGUUAUUUGGCAUGUGUGGCCUUGGGAGUUUAUUUGAUGACAAAAGGUACAAUGUCAGCUGGAGAUGUGGUGGCAUUCACCAUGUAUCUGGAAUUCUUCAAUUCAGCAUUAUACAGUUUAACUACUACAUAUUUGGAAUUAAUGAAAGGUGCCGGUGCUGGUGUUAAACUUUUUGCAUUGAUCGAUUAUAAAAACAAGGUCCCUGCUAUCCAAGGAGAAAAAGUGACUACAUGGAGACCUACUUCCGUCAAGGACGAUAUACAGUUUAAUGAUGUCACAUUUAGUUAUCCAACACGUCCGAAUCAUACGAUAUUUGACCAUUGUAAUUUCAAGAUUGUUGGAGGAACUAGUACUUGUAUAGUUGCGCCAAGUGGUGCAGGAAAGUCAACAGUUGCUUCGUUAUUGCUCAGGGCUUACGAUAUACAACUGGGUGAAAUUUUAAUUGGCGGCAAAAAUAUAAAAGAUAUACAAGUGCGUGAUUUGAGACGUUAUAUUAUCGGUAUUGUUCAACAAGAACCAGUGUUAUUGUCAGGGACUAUAUUGGAAAAUAUUGUUUAUGGGUUGACUUCUUCUGAGAUCAACAGGUUGACAAUGCAGGAUAUUAUCGAUGUCUCCAAACAAGCCAAUUGUCAUGAUUUUAUUGUUACUUUCCCUGAUGGAUAUGAUACUAUAAUUGGGAACAGAGGUGCUUCAUUAUCGGGUGGUCAAAAGCAACGUAUAGCUAUUGCUAGAGCAUUGAUUAAAAGACCCAAAGUUUUGAUUUUGGAUGAAGCAACUUCUGCUCUCGAUUCCAAAUCAGAAAGUUUGAUAAAUGAAACAUUGAAAAAUUUGACAAAUGAAGGGUCAAUGACAAUAAUUUCUAUUGCCCAUCGAUUAUCAACAAUUUCCAAAUCGGAGUUUGUUGUUGUGCUAGGCAAGCAUGGCCAAGUCGUUGAAACAGGGAAAUUUGUUGAAUUAUUUAGUGAUCCUGAUUCAGAGUUGUCGAAAUUGUUAGAUGAAUCUGCAACUUCACAAGCAGCUGCGGAUCGACAAGAGGAAGAAGAGGAAUUACAACAAGAGAAUCGUCAUAAAACUCAAGAAGAUGAACGAGAGCAUAUUAAUCGAGAGGCAGAAGAAAUCGAAAAUGAACAAAUUAAAUAUAGUAAAGCCAAGAAUCUAAUUGAAUCAUUGCCACUGGAUAUGAAACAACAAUUACUUACAGAAAUCAAUAUUGAAGAAAAACACGCUGAUUAA